AUGGCAGGCCUAGGCCUCCGCUUCUUAAGGCCAUAUCUAUGGAGAGACCUCCCACGACCUACUCGAGCAGCUCGCUCCGUCCACGCAAGAUUUUAUCAUGCUACUCGGCGAAGGGGUUCUGAGGCAGCUACGCCAUAUCUCUCAAAUGAAGCGGGCGAUGUUCAACAACGUUACAAGGAACUCAAUAAAUUAAGUACUGAGUUAUAUCCACGAGUCCUCAACGACGACCGAGCUAUCACCUGCAACGAGUUUCGGCGAAACUAUGAUUCACUUGUGCCCGAAGAGACGAAAAACGACCAGGUCGUCACUGUACGAGGCAGGGUCCACUCGUCCAGAAUAGCAGGUUCAAAGCUCGUAUUUUUGGACAUUGUUCAAGAUGGAUCUAGACUCCAGGCGCUGUGCGAUCUGAAAAAGAUGGAAAGUACGGGCGUUACCAGGGAACAAUUCAAACUCUUCUAUCACAUUCUUCGGCGAGGAGACAUUUUCACAAUCACUGGUCAUCCGCAUCGAACGAAGCGGGGAGAGCUUUCUAUCAAAGCGAUUGAGCUUCCUAAACUUCUCUCGCCCAGCUUGCACCAGCUCCCUACUUCCCUCACAGAUGAGAGCACACGAACUCGAAACAGGCACACAGACUUACUCGUCAACAAACAAGCUGCCGACACCUUCCGCUUGCGAUCGCAUAUUAUACGCUAUAUGCGAGAUUAUUUCCAGGCUCGGGAUUUCUUAGAAGUGGAAACACCCAUACUAGCCGGAGAUGCUGGUGGAGCCAUAGCUCGCCCAUUUGUCACAACCGCCACCGAGUUUGUGCAGCAACGAAUCACGCUGAGAAUAGCACCUGAGCUAUGGCUUAAACGGCUGGUUUUAGGCGGAAUGGAUCGUGUGUUUGAAAUAGGUCGAACUUUUCGAAACGAGGGAUUGGAUCCAACGCAUAAUCCUGAGUUCACGACCUGUGAAUUUUACAAAUCAUUCGCCGAUCUAGAAGAUCUCAUAAAAAUGACGGAAGAACUGAUGUCUGGUAUGGCAGAAUCAGUGCAGCAGGCUAAAGCUACAACGUUUACUUCGUUGGCCCCUACAACCGUGAGCUUCAAGACGCCAUUUCGGCGCUUGGCGUUUAUUCCUACCAUUGAGGCAGCUAUUGGUCAAACACUCCCGGAUCUGAGCUCGCCUACUGCCACUUCAGAUAUUCUUCAGAUCUUCCACAAGCUCUCCAUACCUAUACCUGACCCGCCAACCCUCCCGCGUUUGCUUGACCGGCUGUCAUCCGAGUACAUUGAACCGCAGUGUGACAGUCCAACCUUCAUCACUCAUCACCCGGAAUGUCUCUCUCCUCUUUCCAAGUCUUUCCUUGACCCAGAAACACAGCAACCCGUGUCCACUCGUGUAGAGUUGUUUGUCGGCGCGCGAGAGCUUGUCAAUGCAUACGAAGAGGAGAAUUCCCCGUUUGAGCAGCGGCGAAAAUUUGUUGAGCAAGCUCAGUAUCGAGACUCGGAAAAUGAAGCUCGUGUCGAUGAGAGUUAUUUGGAUGCUUUGGAAUGGGGCCUCCCGCCCACUGGGGGAUGGGGUUGCGGCAUAGAUCGGCUAUGCAUGCUCUUUUCGGGUGCCACGCGCAUUCGCGACGUCCUCAGUUUCGGAAGUUUGCGAAACGUUGUAGGACUUAGCAGUCAAGGAUCCCAGCAAGAGGGAUCUCGGUAA